AUGUUCUCAUUUCGGCAAUUAACCAUCUACGGCAUGGUCUUCGCCUCUGGCACCCUAAUUGGAUACGACUCGGGUUAUCUUAACGGGGUGCUGGGAUCGUCAGACUUCAUCCAUCGUUAUGGAGCUGAAGAUUCUACCGGGUGGUACUUGACUCCCAAAAUCCGUGCCCUGUUCACUUCUCUUCUAGUUGUUGGCACAUUAUCUGGUUCUAUCUCUGCGAACUUCUUAUUCAAAUGGAUGGGCCGCAAGGGCACUCUCAUAAUAUCUGCCAUCAUUUAUGGAGCUGGGGUAGCCCUCCAAGUGCCUGCUCCCCCAGCCGGUGUCUUUGUCUUGGGGCGUAUCCUUCUCGGUAUGGGGCUUGGGCUAAUCUCCGUCACAUCGCCUAUGUACCUAGUCGAAAGUUCAAGACCAACCACUCGAGGCCGGUUCAUUGCUCUUUAUACGCAACUGUUGACUUGUGGUAAUGUCAUCGUGUGCGGGAUAAGUCUUGGAACCCGCAAUCUUGCUGGGGCAAACAGCUGGAGGGUGACCGUUGGAUUCCAACUUUUUCUUGCGCUCGUCAUUUUUCUUGGAGCCCUCAUUGCCCCCGAGUCUCCUGUGAUUCUCAUGAAAGCCAACAAGCACGACGAGGCUCGACAAGCACUGGCCUCCUUGCGAAAUAUCGACCCCAACUCAGAAGAGAUGACUGAAUCGAUUGAUGAAAUUGCUCGCUGGGUUCAAGAGCAGAGCACAUCCGGCGAAGUUCAUUUAUCCGAGUGCUUCAAGGGACCUGACCUGCGCCGUCAGCUUCUCGGUAUCUGCAUCGCUUUUUUCACCAUUGCUACUGGAAUCACGUUUUGGUUUGGCUAUGGGACAACGUUCUUUGAGGCCGCGGGGGUGAAUAACUCAUAUCUAAUUUCAUUGAUCCUUGCUCUUGUCAACGCGGUCUUUACAGCACCCUCCCCUUAUUUAGUCGAACGUUUCGGUCGAAGGAUAUGUCUGUUUGUGGGUGGAGUUAUUAUGGCAAUCACAAUGCUGGUCCCAAGUAUCAUCCAUCAGGUUGCCCCUGGAAGUCGAGUUGACCAGUUUGCGCUCGUUGCUGGGGCGGUUAUCUUCAUUGCAGCAUACGCACCCUCAUGGGGAACCAUUGGGUGGAUCGUUAUGACAGAGCCUUACUCUCAGCGACUCCGGCUCCUACAGUCGACCAUCACCAUGGUUGUUUACUGGACGUCUACCUGGGCAGUUGGGUUCAUCACGCCCUACAUGGUUGAUGCAACAGCAGGAGACCUUGGAGUAAAAGUCUGCUAUGUUUGGCUGGUUAUGAUCAUUUUGUCUGUACUCUGGGCAUAUUUUUAUGUGCCAGAGCUCGCCGGCCUUUCGGUGGCAGAGACGGACCUUCUCUUCGAAACGGGCAUUCCAGCCCGAAAAUCAGCCAGUUGGGGCGCUUCUCUUCGUUCGAACGCACGGGACAUUGAGGAAUCUACAUCUAUAGUGCUCACGGUUGGUGAGAAGGGGGUAAAAACGGACGAAGCGCCAUACGCGCAUACUUAG